CUUUCCGGUUGCACAACUCUUUCAGGUUUUUUCGACAACAGUCAACGCCCUGUUCAGGAUACCGGAGAAUUGUUUUACCUGCAUAAAAAAGUAGAAUGAUGUGCAGCGACCGAAUAUCUAUUCAGUUGGAUUUAACACCGCUGGAGGAGCUGAUUAAGUUUUUCUGCUUGAACAAGGCGCAAAUUUCUUGCAUAGAUGAACCGCUCACCUUCCUCAACCAGCUCCGAGAUCGCAGUCUUGUACCUGCUGAACUCUACCAGAAGGCAAUAAAAAUGAGAAAUAAGGAUAGGAGACAGGGUGUUGUGUAUCAGAUUUUGGAUUGGCUGGAGAAGCAGGGAGGGCAGAGUGUGAAGAUGUUUUGGAGAUCUGUGUUUCAGGAUCACAUUGUGCAGAGAUAUCCUGCUCUGCGCACGCUCCAAACCAGCUUUCUGGAUGGAUCUUUCAGGUCUCAUGAAAAUCUGACCAAUGUAGAGAAACCGAUAGGAUGUGAGGAAAAGGAAACAGAGCUAGAGAGGCCUGGAACAAAGAGAAAGAAAGGCAUUGAUGAGACAGAGGAGGAGGAAGAAAGCCCUUCUUCUGUGUCCAGCUCUGGCCAGAAGAGACCUGCCAUGAAUCCUACAUUCGUGGAGUCCACUGGUUACAAUCCCCAGUCCAGGAGAACCCCAUGUCCUAAUAACCCACUGGAUCAGGCUAACGAUGAUGCAUGCUUCAUUUGUAAUGAAGAAGGAGUUCUGGUGCACUGUAAAGAAUGUCCACGAGCUUUUCACCAUCGCUGCCACUUACCAAUACCACAGGAUGAAACAUCUAGGGACAACUGGAAGUGCACAUUCUGUGUGUUAAAGUCUAACCAGCAACUGCAGAUGCAAAUGAGAAGGAAAGAAAUUUUAAACAGUCCUGUUUCUGAAAACAAGCUGCACUGUGAGUAUUUGCUGUUGUGUAUGUACAAGGGAGACCAACUGCACGUGUUUACUGGAAACCCUACAAGAGCAGAUACGGAAUGGGGCAGUGUGAUUUCAGAGCCCAUGUGGCUGGACAAAGUGAGGACCAAGCUGCUGGAUCAUGAGUACAGAACAGUCGGAGAGUUUGUGUGUGACAUCAAUCUCAUCUUUAAAAACUGCCAAGCUUUGAACAAAGGCAAUGAAUUUGGUGAAAUGGGAGACAAGCUGAACAAGACCUUUGAGAAGGAGUUCCAGAGCAUCUUUAAGCUUUAAUAACAUUUUUCCUCAUUUACAAACUUUGGAAAGUUUAUAUAUAGUAACCAAAAUUUAAUGGUAAUAUUUUAAUACAAGUAUAGAGCAAUACAUUGAAACCAGUCAGGUAACAUAAUCAGGAUGAACCAGGGGACAAGUUAGGACUUAAAAACAACCCAAAUUUGGUUAUUUUUAACCCAACAACUGGGUAAAUAUAGGACAGAACACAUUUUGGGUUAGAAAUUUGGUAGGCUGUUCAUUUUAAUCCACCAAAUGGUUUUUUUUUUGUUUUUUUUACAAAAAUGCUGGGUUAAUUUUAUUUCAUAUUUUCAGAUUUAUUUUUACCGUUUGAAAAUGUCAAAUAUAUCACAUUAUUAAAAAAAAGUCAUCAUGUUAUCUCCUUUAUUUAUACACAAGAAGGUGUUCAGAAAUGUAUCGCUAGAGCUGCUAAAGACUUGUAUAAUGUCGGCUUGAUGUUGGACGUUCAAUAUUGGAAGAUAUGCGGAAAUUAAGGGACUGUCUCUAAAGUUACAUACGACAUUUGUAUACACGUUUCUAACUUCAAUAGCAUUUGAAGGGAAUGACUUAAGUUACAUCCAAAUGUAAAGUGUUCAUCUAGGAGUCAGGUAUGACGCAUACUUUUUAGAUUUUUUUUAUAUUUAACAAAAGAAACUACUAAAUCAUUAUGUAAAUUUUAUUUGAAUUUCACUCCCAAAUGGGCUCAUACAAAUAUACCAUAAUAUAAAGCUCAAUAGCAUUUGAAGGGAAUGACGUACAGUAACAAAACCAACUGUAAUGUGUUUAUCUAGGUGUCAGCUAUAAUGAACACCUUUUAAAUUUCUGUUAUUUAACCCUACUAUGUAUGAACCAAAAAACCUACACAAACUGACAUUUUUGGUAACUGAGCACAAUUUUUUGAAAACUGUGCAUAGGGAACUGUGUACAGUUUGAUUUAUUUAUGUACGUAUGUAAAUGUAGAAUGCCAGUAUGUUUUAGAAGAUAUUGGGCUGUAUUCUGUUAGUAACUUCCUAAUCAAGUAAUUAUUCCAUAUUC